CAACAGUCAAGUGGAUGGGUCAAACUUUCGUCUGCUUUUGCUUUCAUCACACUCUGCCCUUUUACUUGGCACUUCAUUGCUUGGAUGCAGCAGCCACUGGAACGCUCACAGGACCAGGAUUAAACAACUCGACAGUAUUACUGCUGGGGUUUUGUGUGUGCUGAUUGGUGGCAGGUCGAUCUGUUCCCCCCCACUCCAUGUUGAUCACCUUGAGCAUCCUGUCGAGAAAACACCAGCGUGGAUGUCUUGAACCAUGAAUGCCUUGGGAUCUCCAACAAGGCAAGCCAAUGGAGUGGCUAGAUCGGAGAGCAAGAUCAGCGCCAAAGCACUCUUUGAGCAAAGGAAAAAAUAUUCAAACUCCAAUUAUAUCAUGCAGGAGACGUCACAGUAUCACGUUGAGCAUCUGUCCACCUUCAUCAUGGACAAGACCGAGUCCAUCGCCACCGUGGAUGACGCCAUCAAGAAACUUGCCCUACUGGAUUCAAAAGACAAGAUCUGGACUCAGGAAAUGCUCCUGCAAGUCACAGAUAAGGCAGUCAGGUUGCUGGACUGUGACACCCAGGAGGAGUUGGAGAACUUCCCCUUACCCACAAUCCACCUUUCCCAGGCUGUGCUGAAUAAGACGCGUUACCCCUCGGUGCUGCUGCUCGUGUGUCAGGACAAUGAGCAGCACCGGCCAGACAUCCACUUCUUCCACUGUGACGAGGUGGAGGCUGAAUUGGUUCAUGCAGAUAUUGACAGUGCCCUUGGAGACAACAAAUAUGGAAAGAAAUCCAGGCUUCAGACACUCAAAAUUAACCAGGAAAAAAUGAGGCGUCAGAGAGAGACCAUCCUUCCCCAGUCGCCCCCCAAGUCCAUCCCUGUUGCAAAAGGACGCGUUACUGCUCCUAUCCCACAAGAGAGAGGAGCUUCUGGACACAGUGAUCCAGAGUCGCACGAAAGGUUGGCCCAGCGUAUUGAGAAGGAUGUGCAAAUCCUCAACUGUGCUCUGGACGACAUUGAGAUCUUUGUGGCGCGGGUGCAAAAAGCAGCCGAGGCCUUUUCCCAACUCAACCAGCGCAACAAGAGUAAGAAGAAUAAGAAGAAAGGACCAGCAGAGGGUGUGCUGACCCUACGAGCCAAACCCCCUUCUGAGGGAGAGUUCAUCGAUAGCCUGCAGAAACUGAAGCUGGCUUUAAACCUCUUGGCCAAAUUGAAGAAGCACAUCCAGAAUCCAAGCGCUUCAGAGUUGGUUCACUUCCUUUUUGGCCCUUUGGAGCUGGUGCUGCAGAGUUGCGGUAGUCCAGAGCUGAUACGUUCUAUUAUCUCACCCCACCUCUCCAAAGACGCCGUGGACUUCUUGCGGGGGCACCUCACCCCCAAAGAGACCACCAUCUUUGAGCUUCUAGGAGAGGGAUGGACCAAGCCCAGAGCUGAGUGGCCGAGGGAAAAGUGUGCUCCUCCUUACUUUCCCAAAUUCCGGAACGGCUGGGAACCUCCAGCGGAGCUCUUCCGGACGGCCCCGUGGGAAACAGAAGGUCCCGAUGGACCUCUGGGGUCUCCCACCUCCCUGGGGUCCCCCAUUACCCCUGACUACAGGAGGCUCUCAACUGACGAUUUCUAUGGAACCCAUUCCUCAAACUCAUCCAACGGGUCCUACAACGGGAAGACCCCACCGCGUAAAUAUGCCAAAAUCCGCUACCACUUUGUAGCGCGGAAUGCCAACGAGCUGUCAGUGCUGACUGAUGAAAUUCUUGAGGUGAUUGAGGAUGACAAGCAGUGGUGGAAACUGAGGAAUCGCAGCGGACAAGCAGGUUACGUCCCUUAUAACAUCCUGGAUGUCGUCAAAAUUGAAGAGCCAGACGGUAUUUAUAGCCAGCAUGGCUAUGGUGCAUCUUCCCCUGGUUCCCUCAGCCCAGGGGACAGCUACAGUAAAGGUCGACACAAAGACAAAAUGAUGGAUGAGGUCAACAACGAGCUAUUGAGAAUGAUCACCGCGAACAAAAGUCAGCCCCCCGCCAGAAAGUUCCGCGUCGAGAGGCCGGCUGCCACCGCGGUGCCGCUCACCUACCACUCCAGCCCAGAGCAGGUCAAGACUUGGCUCACUUCUAAGGGCUUCUCCAAGGCGACAGUGGAUUGUUUGGGCAUCCUGACUGGAGCUCAGCUGUUUUCUCUCAACAAGCAAGAGCUGAAGUCCGUGUGUGGCGACGAAGGCGCUCGCGUUUCAUCCCAGAUUACAGUACAGAAGACACAAAUAGAGAAAACUUGCGGAGACAACGAGCUUCAGGAGGUCAUGAAGCGGAGACAGGAGCGAAUCGACUCGGGCAGCACAGACUGAAGUUGCACACUGCUCCUAAUUGUACAAUCAAUUCUGUUCAAAACCUGCGGCGGACCACAUUUACAUGUUGUACACAUUCUACUUGUAUAUUUAUUUUCUCCCUUGGUGUACGUGUGCAAACAAAUAUGUGUCUAACGUCUCUAGAUUUGUGUGGAUCAACAAAUGUUUGAACAGAUGAUGUACACGUGCAACAUCUAUAAAACGUACCAUUCAUGAUUAAUAGAGGCAUCAUGGCGCAUGUUUAUGCUUAAUGCAGGUAAUUUCAAUACUGCAGCAAUUUAGUCGAUGACUCAAUUAAUUGUUGCAUAAUUUGUGCCAGGCUGUUUUACCACAUUUUCCUCAUGCUGUGUCUGUAGCCAAUAAUUUCCAUAUCACUGUUUACAGUAGAUACAAAUAGCAACACCCUAUUGGGAUUAUUCUACACUUUACUCACUUUUCCCCUGCUUGGAGCUAAAUAUUGGUGUAUUUUAAAUUUUUCUGCUUCACUAAUUAAGAUUGACACAAAUUCAAAUGGACUGUAAAUAUGAUGAAAAACAAGUGCAAAACAAGCUGAUUAAAAAAUGGUGAAUGUUUGGUAAUGAACAAUCUUCUGGUAAUUCAUUUCAGUUUUACAUAUUUUUUUUUACUACGAUCAGAACACCAAAUAU